AUGGAUGCACGCGUGGCUGCAUACAUUUUUCGCUGGCUGUGGACGGUGGGAGUGAGGUCUGCCAUUGGCGGAAGGACAAGUACGCCCAGCGCGGUUGGCAUGAUUCAGGCGUAUCAGGCGGUGGUUGCAGCCGUGGACCAGACCGCAGGCAGCGGGAUGCGCUGGGAGCAUCUGACUGGGGCAGCGGGUGCACCUUGUGCGUCCAUCAGGGAGGAGCUACAGAUUGGCUUGCUCAGGUGGAUUGAAGCUCAUGGUGCAGGCACAAACGGGCUUGAGUGCACACCACCGGCUGUUGGAGGUGCUGCAGCUGGACGCGGUGAUGACACGUGUGAUGGUCACACUAGUGCUGGGCAGUGUGCCAGUCAAGCAGGGCGACCUCGAUGCUCUGCAAUGGUCAAGCGGGCCACCAAGGCGGCUGGGAGUGAGCUGCAAGCUGGUGGCACCAUGUCUGCUUUGAGUGGGCAGCAGGCGACGUUGCUGUUUGUGAAAGUUGAGCUGGCCGACAUCCAGUGCAGCAACCUUGGACCAAACCAGCUCGACAGUGGCAGGGUCGUCCACCUGCACACAGCAAUGUCACCUGCUUCCCGCACAAAGCAGGCAUGGCACCCCCAGAUUGCAGCUCCCAGCCGCCUCAGCAGCCUGCUUGACCAGUGGGGCGGUGCCACACACCACGACCAGAGCGCCAGUCUCAUGUCGGACCUGCAUGGGCUCCAGGCACUUUACAUGCAGAAAUGGUCGGACACUGGGGCAGCAGCGACCGCAGCGGCCACCGGGACAGCUCAGGGUGGCACGGCAGCAGCUACAGGUGCAAGGCGCAAGCAGGGCGACCCGCACCAGACUGCCUCAAAUGCCAAGGCAGGCACGCACCUCUGGUUCUCCCUGGAGGCGGGUUUCUUCCUCCACCCCAACCGUGAAGGCAAUUACCCCAUCGAUGCCCUGGCCAACAUGGCUGGCAUGAUGAGCCAGUGUGCAAGCAGCCUGCCGACCCUCAAGGACCACCAAAGCCUGUACCUGACUUACACUGACAAGCUGUCUGCCUUUGGCAGCCACGCCUCUCCAGUUGUGCCAAUCGGCCUGUUUAUGGCCAUGGGAGUAAGCAGUAGGCACGAACUCUGCAAGUGGUGUGUCCGACCAUUUCUGCGUGUAAAGUGCCUGGAGCCCACACAGAGCUGCUGCAGUGGGUACUUCUGGUCGGGCGCCACCUGCCCAAUGCCCAGAACGAGCCAGGGGGCCUUGCUCCUCUGGCAACCCCGCACAACCAUGGGUGCAUCUGCCAGCAUCCGGGAUGCCGGGGAGCUCCUGCAGAUGUACUGGUCUAAGGUAGCCAGGGAGAAAACCUCGUGGAUGUGGCCGCAGGCUCACCUGAUCACGGAUACUGCACAAAGGCUGUUCGGGAUCAGCCAGGAGGGCCUGGCCGUCGGCGGGCCCAUGCCUGGCAAGGUGACCGCCACCAGCAACUUCAUGACGCAGUUUCAGAAGAAGGUCUUGGACAAGGUCCUGCGACCGUCAACUAUAACUGAAGGCCACGGUGCUGUGGCAGCUGCAGUGGGAGCUGAGGCGGUGGAUGCUGCAGCUAACAAUGGUGCUGGUGCAGCAGCAAGAGCAGCUGCCGGGGACCACAAACAGGUGGUGGGUGGUGGAGAGGCUGCUGCCAUGGGUGCACAUGCCGUGGAUGGCGGCACUGGUGGCGGCUGCACAGCAGGCGUCGCAGCAGCAGCAACCACAGGGGGGGACACCGGCACAGGUCCCAGGCAGGGCGAGGCGGGCGUUGCCCAGGUAGCAAACCUAGCAGCUGAAACUGCCCAGGCCAUGCAUCCCAGGGGUGGCAGGACCAGUGCUGUGCGCGGCCCUGCCACCGUAGGGACCAGUGUGGAUGCGGGCAUGGCAACAGCCCAGGCCCCAGUUGAGGUCACAGGGUGCGUGGAGAGCAACACAGGCGGUGGAGCCGAGGAGGCAUGGGUGUCUGGAGAGAACGAUGUGAUUGAGGACGAGGAUACCACCAACUACGAUGCGUUCAAGGAGUGGGUCGGCGAGGUGCCAAGAGCAGCUAAGGGCGAAGCUGGCAAGCACAGGCGGGGUGGCGGUGAUGACGACGACCUGGGUGCAAGGUCGGGGCGCAAGGUUGGAAAUAAACGGCAGAAGGGGAACAAGGGUGCAGGCCGGGGCAGGGGUGCAAGCAAGGGGACCGCCAGAGGUGCAGGGAAGGGCGGUGCAGGCAAGGGAGGGCGGAGGGGGCAGACAGAGGAGGGUAGCUCGGAGGGUGGGUCGGACACUGGGUUGGCAGGGGUACUAUACUAG